AUGAUGGUUCAACUGCCCCCUAUAACAGGGGAUGAUAGACGAUUACCGAGUGGAGGUAAAGUCGAUUUCGGUAAUAAGAAAAAGAAUCACAGUCGUCAAAAUAGUAAAGUUAAAGAUAAACCGUCAUUACCAGACGGUUCAAAACCUGUAUUCAAUGAUGAUGAGAAAAGCAAAGGAAAGUAUGAUAAAGAGAAGAAGAAAGAUAAUAAGAAAAAAGUCGACGCUUAUGCUGGUUCAUCUUUUCAUUCAUCACCUGAAGCUUUAAAGUUACCUAAACCUACAUUUAAGUCAUCUCCAAAACCAAGUGCAAGUAAUUUACAAAAACAACCUAUACCAAUUCCAAACCAAAUGCCAAUGCCAGGAAAUCCAAAUCAAGUGCCAAUGCCAGGAUAUCCAAAUCAGCCACCAGCUCAAGGACAUCCAAUGCCCAAUUACCCAUAUUACUAUUAUCCCCAACCAAUGAUGAUGAACCCGAAUAUGCCUCAACCCCCAAAUACUCAACAGCCUCAACAACCCCCAAACACUCAAUUACCUCAACAACCAUCUAAAGAACAACUUGGCCCACCAAUGCCAAUGAUGAAUCAAUUUCCAGGGCAGGUUCCUGGAUAUUAUUAUCCAUACUUUAUGAAUUCACCACCCAACCCAAAUCAACCUCAUCCUCAGCCACACCAACAAGUUCCUCCCGGAACAACUUCACCCUCAAAUCAUGAAGGUCAAAAAAUUUCAUUUAAUGACUUAUUGGGAUCUUCAAAAUAA